AUGCCCAUGCCCCGGGACGGCGGGGGCGGCGGCGGCGGGGACGGCGGGGGCGGGCGGGCCUCCCUCGGGCCAGGCCGGGCCUCGGCCUCGGCUUCGGCUUCGGCUUCGGCGUCGGGCCCGGGCUCUCUCCGCGGCGGAGCGGGUCCCGAGGGCGGGGAGGCGGGGGGCCGAGCCUCGGGCCGUGCGAGGCCUCCCCCGGAGCGGGCGGGCGGGGAGGAGGCCGGCGGGGUCGAGAGGGACGACGCCAGCCGGAAGCUCAUCCGCCAUCAGUACCGGGAGCUCAUCCACACCGUGCAGCAGAAUCGAGAGGUAAUGCUGAGUUCCAAAAACAAUAAGUUAACAGAAGCACUUGAAGAAGCCAACAAGCUAUUCACUGGAGUGUCCCGAGCAAGAGAGGCAGCACUAGAUGCCCAGUUUCUAGUUUUGGCUUCAGAUUUGGGAAAAGAGAAGGCUAAUCAGCUGCGCUCUGAUAUGACGAUAUUUGACCCGUCAGCAUUUGCUGAAGAUUUACUGACAUUCAUGGGUCUAAAUCGUCUAGAAGGUGGAGAGAAUGACAGUGACACUGAAUCUGUCAGUGGGUUCUUGCCUGGUGACGCCUGGCACAAAUUAGGAUCUGAAGCAGAAAAACACUUGAGAAGAGCUCCGACUUUCCACUUCAUGUUGGGCUCAUUCAAGACUGAUCCUCCUGUACCAAAACCGCGGCUCGAACGGCAGAAAAAAAGUGCCAGGAAGGAAGUCGCAAGGGCAAUGCCCACAACGGUUGCGAAGGAAAAAAUGGAAGAGUCCCAUCAAGAAGCUACGGAAAAAGAAGUUGAACGAAUUUUAGGAUUGCUGCAGACCUAUUUUGAAGACGAUCCCAAUACCCCUAUAUCCUUCUUUGACUUUGUAAUCGAUCCAGACUCUUUUGCUCGCACAGUGGAAAACAUCUUCCAUGUUUCCUUCAUCAUACGGGAUGGUUUUGCAAGAAUCAAGCUUGAUCAAGACAGACUGCCAAUAAUAGAGCCAUCAGGGGAAGCUAAGGAAAACAGAAGUGACCAGGAAGCCCUGGUACGGAACCAGGGAGUUAUCUCUCUGAGCUAUGAAGAUUGGAAGGACAUUGUGGAGACUUUUGAAAUCACGCAGGCUAUGAUAUCCCCUCCGUCUCAUAAACCACAGGGUGCAAUGGAAGAAACUUAGUACUCAGUGUGUGUCCAAAGUGGAAAUUGAAGUGCCUAUUCCAAAUCAAAUAGGAAGGCAUUUUUGAUGUGCUAAUAUGCCUAUGUGUAGUGUUCAUAGAAAUAUAUAUAUAGUAUGAUAAAAAUAGUAUUUUAAAGAUUAGAAACUUUGUCGCUGUUAUAUUGUUAUAUAAUGUAUCUUUAUUUUUCUUGAUAGUUUAUUAAAAUGUCAACCUCCAGCGUUAAUGUCCUUGCAGUACCUUUCGUCAAAUACGUUUGUAUUGUAUGCAUUUUUCCACUAUUUCAUCUUAUUUUUUUUGAACAUGAGGUGUAUUGACUCUGCCUCUCCCCUGCCCUUGCUCAUUGGAUGUCAUGCCAAAUGUAUUUGAUUAAAAAGCAUUUUUAAAUCUU